AACCUCAUUCUCUCUCAGCCAUUCGUUCGAUACGAAAAAGGUUUUUCUUUGAUAAUAAACCAAAAUUCUCGGUGCAUAUUAAAUUUUAGUGAAUAAAACUGUGAAAAUGUCCGAGGUGGAGCUACGGGUUUCGAAGAAAUCUAACAGGAAGACUAAAGAUUUGAGUCCUGCGUGUUUGGAUGACUUGGUGAACCAGGUCUUCGACAAGUCGAAGCAGCUGAGGAUGUCCGUGAAGGAACAACGAAAACUGGUGCAGGAAUAUCUGAAUGCCAAGAUCGAGGAUAGCGAUGAAAGUGAAGGACAGUGUGUCAAUGAUUCUGAUUAUGAUAGCUUUUCCGAUUCCGGGGAUGAUGACUAUUCCGAUUACGAAGAAGAAACCUAUUCGGAUGAGGAAACGGAGGAGAGUAGUGACGGGUUGGAAUCGGGAUCUAGUGAGGAUGAGGAGGGAUCCCCUGAAAUGCAAGGAGAAAUCAAGAACUUGGAUGGGAAAAUCUCCAAGGAUGAACCAGAAUUACCUCGUCUUGUGUCCUAUGUUGGUCCCCCGAAACGCUCGUUGGAACCUUCAUCUCGUAUCCAACGUCGUAUGACAAUGGCCGGUGGUUUGUUGGCUUCUCCAAUUCGCAAUUCUGUAGCCUCUACUACAGGCAGUCCAAAUCAGGAGAAGAAUUCAACAUCUGGAGGAACCAAAUCCCUUCCAGUAUGAUUAAACAAGGUGAAAAUAGUACAGAAUCAGCAGAAACAAGAACCCACAAGGACCAAUUCCCUGGUUCAGCCAAAGUCUUUUAAUUUCAAAGGAGUAAACAAUCGCACUAUAAAGCUGCCCGAUCCUAGGACUUAAUUUUUUUCCAAUUUUAAUUAAAAAAUUUUUGUAACCGUUUA